AAUAAAACGCAGUUGCGUAUUAACUUAAUAGUUUUGCUCACACAAAAGAUUCGUAAAUUGAUUCGAACUGAGCAUCGGUCCCGACAUCACUUUAGAAAAUGUUGUAUAUGUUUGUUUUAACACUGUUUGUAGCAUGUGUUCAUGUGGAAGGAAUUUCAGAGGUUUUCUGUCCAUCAUGCUCACAUGUUGAAUUCAAUGAAACGGAUGUUUCAACAGUAGACGAAGGAAUCCUCCAUCAAGUGCACGAGUCUAUUACCCUAUACAAUUACGCAUGUGCCGAUAAUCACGUGAUCCCAGAGCGUUGCCACGAGCCGCCUGAGGGUUUUGUUAAUAAGUGUCAAAAUGCCACAAUAGACCACGUACAGCCACGUUGGGGGUGGUCCCUAUCAGAACAAGGCGUUAAAGGCUUGGUACGAGGUUGCGUGCAAGUCCCCGAGGGCUUACCGGACAGAUGUAGGAGCCUCCAGACGCUUAGCAACCAGGAGAAAUCUCUCUUUGUGGAGUGGACUGGCCGCCAGGGCUUCAAGGAAGGGCAUUCCAUGACAGGACAUGUCUGUGUAUUCACAAACAAUUGAGGAACAACGUGAUUUGUUUUUACAUUUGUUGCUCAAUUCAAUACAAAGGAAGACUUACAAUGUGGCGUAAAAUUAUUAGACAUUGGGCCGAUUGUUCAGAUUUUUUUGUAGGUAACAACGUGAUUAACCUAAUCGUUGUUAAAGUUUAAAUGUGUAAUAGUAUACAGUUAUUUGUGUACGAAUCCAAACUGUUGUCCCUUGGUGUCGGGAAUGGCCUCUGAACUGACUGUUGCCAGGGGCCUAUAUGCCGUGCGCAACAGUAUGUCAUUCCAGACACCAGGGGCAGAAUUUUUGCCUAUCACACGAAUAACCAUGAUAUAACUGUUUUAUUACUUGAUCAAAAGUAUCGUAACAAAAAAGGAAUUAAGUGUUUUAUUAUCUGAUUAAAACUGUAUUUUAUCAAAGUGUUAAAAAUGACCGAACGUUAAUGAUAUGCCGUCUAAAUCAAAAUUUGGAAAACAGGUCAUACUGUUGAAAGGGGAACAGUUCAAUCCUAUACAAAUUUAUAGCUUUCACGUUAAACAGCAAAACAUAACAGAUUUGUAUUUUUAUAACGAAUCAGGUAAUAACUGAUGAUAUUGCAUAUAUUUGAAUAAAAUUAUUACAGCUUAAACAAAGGUAAAAUACUGCAGAUAACUUAUCAUCCAUUAAAUUUGCAGAGCAGAAAAUGUUUGAACUUAACACAACGAUAACGUUUACAACGUUGUUAGCAUUAACGAAUUUCUGGAAAAUCGGCCCAUUGGCGUAACUUUUAGACUCAACUUAAAGCUCUUUUAAGAACCUUCCUCCUUUGAAAAGCUCAAAUGAACUGAAUAUAUACUAUUUCCUUAUUAUGGUCAUAUAGAUUGGGCGUUGAUCAGACAUGAUACCGAACAAAGCUUAUUGACUGACAAGAUACAUAGAGACCCAGCUUAUCCAUUCUGAUGUUUUGAAUUUACUUGGAUUAUGUUUUGUUGAUUAUGUUAAACCAAAUUACAUUUGUGCAUAUUACUGGUGUGGAAUAUGCUUUCAAUGUUUUCUACAAAUAAUAACAAUUUAUGUGAGUCGA